CCAGAACACAACUCAGUACAAUGCUAACAGCAUGACUAAGUCAUUCCGUGACACAAUGACUCUUUUUACUACUUGCUUACAUGAUGUUUCGCUUAUUUUUGACAGGGAGAACUCAACAGAAACUUACUUUCUUUUUUCCCCCACUUGAUUAUAAUUAUUUUCAUAAUUGCCCUCGUGAAGAAAUUGAUCAGAUUGAGAUGACACUGUAUGUGCUGCACACUGUGUGUCACUACUAACCAGUAGUUACAGGAUUGCCAUUCCAUGACUGGCUAUUGGGUUAUUCAUCCAGCUUUCUGAAAUGUUUUAGGAUGAACCUGUUCCAUCAUCGGUCAAAGCUGUUCAUAAGACUUUGAAAUAAGACUCAUGAAAAGAUGAAGAUGGUAAACUGUUCCAGCAGCUUAGCAUGCCCUCACAACUUGACAGAGGAGAAGAUGGAAAGAGGUUUGGAGAAUCAUGGGAACCUGGAGCUUAUUUUCAUGGUGGUUUUGGCUGUAAUGAUGGCACUGGUGAUGUUUUCUCUGGGCUGUACUGUAGACAUCAAGAAGCUAUGGUUGCAUAUCAGGAGACCCUGGGGGAUUGCUGUGGGUCUACUCUGCCAGUAUGGGCUGAUGCCUUUCAUAGCCUACCUCUUGGCCAUUAGCUUUUCUUUGCCACCAAUUCAAGCCAUUGCUGUUCUUAUCCUGGGGUGCAGCCCUGGGGGGACAAUCUCUAAUAUUUUCACUUACUGGGUUGAUGGAGACAUGGACCUCAGCAUUUGUAUGACAACUUGUUCCACAGUAGUUGCCCUCGGAAUGAUGCCACUUUGCCUUUAUAUCUACACUCAGUCCUGGGAUUUUGAACAGACUCUCACCGUGCCAUAUAAGACCAUAGGAAUUACUCUGUUAUGCUUAAUUGUACCUGUGGCUUUUGGCAUCUUUGUGAAUUUCAAGUGGCCGAAACAAUCUAAAAUCAUCCUAAGACUUGGGGCCAUUGUCGGGGUGGUCCUCUUAUUGGUCGUCACAGUAGCUGGUGUAGUAUUGGCUAAAGGAUCUUUGAAUUCAUCUAUUUCCCUUUUGGUGAUCAGUUUCGUGUUUCCGUUGACUGGACACAUCAUUGGUUUGCUUUUGGCUCUUCUUACCCGUCAGUCUUGGAAAAGGUGCAAGACUAUUUCCUUGGAAACAGGAGCUCAGAAUAUACAAAUGUGUUCUACCAUGCUUCAGUUAUCUUUCAGUUCAGAACAUGUGGCCCAGAUAUUUAGCUUCCCUUUAAGCUAUGGAUUAUUCCAGUUUCUGGAUGGAUUUCUCAUUAUUUCAGUUUAUCAGACAUACAAGAGACUAUUUAAGAAAAGAAAUGAAGAAAAGGAGCUUACUUGCAAUGAAGUCUCUGAACUGACAGAAAGCAAUGCCAAGCAUGAGACCAGUUCCUUUCUGGAAAGGAAUGACCCAAUAGCUGCCAUGACAACAGAUCUCAGUGAAGAAGUCCUCUCUUCAUCAAAACUCUAAUAACUGUUGGCCGGCAAGUCACUUCAUCUGCUUCAGAUGCUAUAACUCUGUGGACAGAGACUAUUUAAUUAUUUCAGUGUCAGUUGUCAGUUUAUAUUAUUGUAUGCACUGUGAAUUGUAAUGUGAUUCCUUUUGGGAAAUUGUCUUAUUCCCUUUUGGGGGGGAAAAUUAAUUUGGUAUUUUCGUAGUCUUGUCUAAGUAGUAUUCUUAUAUAUUAAUACUUUUAAUACAACAAUACACUUGCAAAGAUUCAUUCAAGUCAUUUUAUAAUCCUUCUUUUGUAGUUAAUGGCACCUGAAUUGGACCAUGGAUCCUUAGUGUCUAUAGGAUUCACGGACCUGCUUGUUUAUUUAAAUUCAAUCCAUAGUGAUAAAUAUUUUUUAAAUUCUUAUUUUGUUCUAAGUACUUCACUAGCAAGAUACAAAUUUCAAAUAACAUCGGAUCUCUGCUAUCAUGGAGCAUAUAGUCUUAUGGGCUAGACGUUCUUGAAAAUCUGCUUGCUCAAUGCUAGGUGAGUCUGUGACUUCCUAUUCUAGUACUGUAAAUUCUGUUCACCUAGAAGAGAGAGAACAAAAGCAAAGUAACUGUGUGCCCUAGUAGAAAGAGAGAUGGACUUGUCCUGGAGUUAGGCUGGGGCUCUAACCCAUACUUGCCAUUUGUGGGAUUUGGGCAAGUCAUUUAUCUUUGUUAGAUCUCCAUUUUCUCAUCCACAAAAAUGAGGAAAAUAUCCCUUGUACCUAACCUAGAUGUCAAUUGGCUAGGGAAUGGUUUAGCUAUUAGUGGUAAUGUAUGAUCCUAUGCUGUGAAAAAAAAAUAUGGCGAUUGUGAAGAAUUUAGAGGAGUAUGGGAAAAA